AUGUAUCGAGCUGGAUUGUGUAGACGGCUAAGGUCGUAUAAAAUAUCCAACAAGCUCAUGCUCGACUACGCCUAUGAAUGUUUCCCGUGCUUUCCGAGAGACGUGAUCACGUUGCGGACGAAUCAACUCGAUACUUGCGAUGGCCACUAUGUGGACAUCACACCUGAAAUAUGGGACAAAGUCGUUGAUUCGCUUGAAACUGCUCAGGUGACUCGGCGUACAUUGCCUGACGGUCAACUGGCGCCAAGUCUGGUUGACAGACAGGACAGCUCUUCUUUCAUGGCAUCAUUUGGUGCGAUAUUGUUGCAAGACGACCGGAGUAUCAGAUCAUAUAACAUUAGGAAUGGUGACACCAUCAAACUUCGUGGGAUUUCGCUCAGAAAAAAGCCAAUUAUUUAUCUAUACUCGCCCUCCGAUAUCGACGUUUCUGUCAAGCUCUCCCUCAUCCCAGAAUGGAGCCUCUUUGUCAUCUAUCCUGUUGUUACCAUCGAAGACCAUGGACAGCGGUUAGAAUGGAAUGUCCGCACCCAUCAGGAUGGGAGUCUGACUGAACACAACUCUGGUUUAGAUGUAUCGUACUUCUUUUGGGAGGCAAACAGCCUCAAUGAUAUGGAUUCGAUUGUCAUUCCAGUGGGCAAAGUCGCCGUUUACCUUGAUAAAUCCCUCAAGGCUCUGGGACUUCACACCGAAGCUAGAACAUCAUUCAUAACCUACUGGCUGCCAUCAUUCCUGAAGCAUGAAUACAUUGCCCUCCGAUUCGUCCAUCAGGUGGCAUACGAACGCGCCGCUUCUUUGAGCAUUACUCCGCAGCCUGACGUCGUGACUCGCGUGUCCAUGUUGUUCAAAGGUAUCCGUAAGGAGCACUUGGCCAAUUGGGCUAAUGCCCAAAUGCAAGCAGAGAAAGACGUUGGUUGGGUGUUGGAAUGGGGCGGGACGGAGUACGUGGCAGGGGUGCAAACGGAAGGACUUGUAUUACAUUGUUACAAGGGCAUCGGCUCACCAUCAUUUGCGACAUAA